GAGAGGGCAACUUCCAAAUCGAGGUAGAGUAGUUGCGCAGGCGCGCACGUACACAAGCUCGGUGAAAGAACGUGCGGCUUAUAUUUCAUUGACUACUGCUCUCGUUUGCACUGCGCUCUUGAAAGCAUUCCCUUUUCUAAAGGGGUUGAAGCUGGCUUUGACUGCACCUCAUGGUCAUUCUUCAAGAAAAGAUGACGCUGACGCACAGUGUUCCGUCGUCAUUCUUCUAGGAAAAAACUACCCGAUGCGGCUAACGAAUUGUAUUCCACCAUCCUUCUUCUAGAUCCGAUGUUGCUAAUACGUUCUAUUCCAUCUUUCUAUUCCUUUAGAUAAAAGAUGCCGCAUCGCAUUCCAUCGUUAUUCUUCUGAGUACCCGAUGCUGUAGUAUUGUAUUCCAAAGUGUGUCUUGGUCUGAAAGCCAUGCCGAGGCCCGGUCGCAGUACCUAUGGCGACCAAAAGCCUCCUUAUUCCUACAUCUCACUGACUUUUAUGGCCAUUAAUAGUUCCAGUGAGAAGAUGUUGACUUUAAGUGAAAUCUACAAGUUUAUAAUGGACCGUUUUCCAUACUACCAAAAAAACACACAGAGAUGGCAAAACAGUUUGCGCCAUAACCUGUCUUUCAAUGACUGUUUCAUCAAAAUCCCAAGGAGGCCCGACAGGCCAGGAAAGGGCAGCUACUGGGCCCUGCACCCCGCUUGCGGAGAUAUGUUCGAGAAUGGGAGCUACCUCAGACGCCGGAAACGAUUCAAGCUCAGCAAACAAGCAAAAGACGCAACAGCAGCCGCCCUGGCAGACAUGAAACACUUUGAAAGCAUGGGACAAGUCGCCGUGCAGGAACAUGCAAAAAUGCGACUCACAGCCCUGGCAGCAGCCCCAAGCCAUCUGCAGCCUCUAAGUGAAACAUUACUAACGACGCCUAUGCCAACAACUUACAAGCAGCCUUUUACGAUUGAUAACAUCAUAGGCACGGACUUUAAGACCGGUGGAUUUGUGGGGGGAAGCCCGGCCUUUCAGGGGCACCAGGGCUUAAUCCCUCAAUCCAUACUCGCGCCCCGGUCCCUAGCGAACUUUUCACUAAACAUGGCUGGUUGGCCCGCUACCUAUACAUCAGCUGCUUAUAAUCCGGUGAUGAACAGUGCGGACUUGUAUUUCACCGCGGCAAAACCUCAACCAGCGACCAGUGUGUUCAGCUUUCCCCUACAUCCUCACCUUCAUAGGAAUUUCGGAACUUUUCCAGCUGCUCUACCCUCUUACAUUCCCUAUAAGAACCAUUUGUACCCGGGUGCUACUGCCCUGCCUUCGCUGACCGAACAUGCGAUGCUGGGAUCUGCGGUGAUGCCUUCGCACGCGAUCUCCCCGCCGGUGAGGGUGGACUCUGUAUCCAGCGAUAUUUCGUCUCAAUCACUCGAUGUUGUAUCGGACGAUUCAUCGAAGUAAACAUCGUCUGCCGGUGAUUUUCAACCCUUUCGAAGCUCGCAGUAAGCACACUUUCUCUAAAGAAACAUUUUUAUUUCUUCAUUUUUAUUCUCAUAAAAAUGGCGAGGUAUUUUUGUUUUAAUUACAAAUUAAUGAAAAAAUUUCAUAUUUUAAAAAAUGUAUACUGCAAAAUAUGUUUUUUUCUAAAAAGGAAAUCAUUAUCCUGCAAUCUAUUUAUAAAUUUGUUAACCAUAACCUUUUAUCUAUGCAUAAGUUAAUAAGUAGACUAAUCUACUCAUUUAGUUUAUUAGUAGCCCAUAUUAUUAAUUUAACGUUAAUUAAUAGAUAAUAUUAAUUGAUAGAUAAAGAUUCUGUUUAUCUAUGGGUAAAUUAGUUGACCAUAUUGCUAAUAAAUAAAUAAAUAAGUUACUUAGUAGAUCAAAUAGCUGCUCUCAAUCCAAGGGUUAAUUAGUAGGCCAUAUUACUGCAAUUAAAUAGCAUGUUCAACAUGAAUUAGAAAGUUUUAACCACCCUGUCAAGUCUCUGAAUUUUAAUUGAAAUGUUUUUCAAUCAGUUUAUUAUUGAAACAUUGAUCAGUUUUUUAAAAUAUUUAAAAAGUAUCUUUUUUAUAUUCAUUUAUUUAUUGUUUUUAACACGUGUGUAAUUGCUUACACUAUUUAUUCCAAAAUAAUUUAUAACUAUGAGAUAUAACUUCUUGAAGAUCUGAGAUAUAAAAUUUUAAACAUAAAUUUUAUUACUUCAUUUUUUGCAUGCAAUGAAGGUUUAUCGAAAUUUUCGACACAUUUAAUGAAGUUUGGCACAAAUUUUUAUUGUGAUGUUACAGUUAAAAAAGUUGUUGAAACGUUUUAGAAAAUUGAAUUUAUUUUUCGCCUUUAAUCAAUCUUCUUUUUUUUUCUUUCUAAAUUUUCUCGCUUUUUUCUUUUUUUUAAACUCCUAUAGUCAUUCAGAACGACUUAUUUACAAACUCUUUGCUUAAAGCAUUACAUGUCAACCAUUUAAUUGCAGUAAAUGGACUCUAAAUGAUAACAGUAUGCAUGUUAUAAAUUGGGCACUAAAUCAUAAUGAUAUACCUCUUAAAUUGGUAUCUGAAUCAUAAUAAUAUGCAUGUCAUAAGUUGUGCUCGAUAUCACAACAGUAUACAUGUCAUAAGUUGUGCUCUAUAUUAUAAAAGUAUACAUGUCAUAAGGUUUCACGGGGCAGUCAGUUCCUUAUAUGAAUAGGUCAAAGGUAAAUGCUUUUUUUUUAUUGUUUAAAAUAUAUUUUCAGUACUUAAGGAGUAGGGUAUGAAAGUAAAUAGUUUCCUUGCAUUUAUUAUGUUUAAAGAAUAACUUUUGGUUUAAUUUGCGAAUUUUGCUUGAGUUUCCGGUCAGUCUGAGGUAGUUUCCAUUCUCGUUCUUUCGCAAGUCGGUCGCAACACAACAACCAAAAGUUAGGCUUAUAAACUAAUUCAAAAUGUCGGGGGGCGAAGUGUAUUUUUUUUCCUUCUGUAAAUACUUCAAAAGUUAUCAAAAAAUUAAAACAAUUUUUUGAAUACCUUUUAAAUAUGUAAAUUUUUUGUUUAUUUAUUAUGUGUUAUUAUGUUUAUAAAUAUUUAUUGAUUUUCUCCCAAAAAAUUACCUGUAAAAAUAUUGAGGAAUGUUUAGAGACAAAUAUUUAAAAGGAGCAUACUUUUCAUCACAAGUUGUACUCAGGUGGACAAAACCACAUAUUUUUAGUAUGUUUUAUUUUGUAUUUUUAAAUCGUAUAUAAUUAAACAUAAAUUAGGCAUGGAGUUCAAUUAAUAAGUAAUAACAAUUAAUUUUCAAAUUCUAAAAUUAAAUUCUUAAAAAAGUGUAAAUAAACUAAAUAUAAGUGACAUAUUUAUAAGUGUUAAGAAGUACAUUUUUAAACCGAAUUUCACUAAAUUAGGCACAGAAAAUUAAUAGUUUAAGUAACAAGAAUACACAUUUUAAGAAAAAUUAAUUAAUUAAAUUAAAGUUCAAUAAAGUAUUUGGAUAUAUUUUGGGACUUGAGAAAGUUUGAUUUCAACUAGUUUCUUAAAUUAUUAUUGUGAUACAUUUGUUAUUGUGCUUUAAUGAAUAUUACUUCAUGUUUCAGUAUAUAUUCAAUAUUACUUUACAUGGCAAUGUUUUAAAAAUUGCUCAUUUUGGUUAAUGAUAGGGAAAAAACAGAUAUUUGAAAUUUAAGAAUUAAGUUACGAAUAAUUUAUCUUAUUUUGAUUAUAUUUAUAGCAACUCAAAUGACUCAUAAUACAUUUGUAAUAUAAUUUUUUUUCUGGGUAAUAUUCCGGUAAUGGUUAAAAAAAAAAGCUCAUUUUAUUUAGUGUUAUAAUUCAAGAGUAAAAUGUUUCUUUUUCUUCCUUUUUUUCUCUUUUUUUCUCUUUUGCGUGUUCGUAUUAAAAGUGUUACAAUCCAUAAAUAUUAUAAUCGAUAAUUAUUAAUCUAUAACUAUUAAUCUAUAAUUAUUAAUCUAUAACUAAUAAUCUAUAAUUAUUAAUCUAUAAUUAUUUCAUAAUAUUUGCGAUUCAUCAUGCAAUGAUGGUUACAAUAAUUCACUGUGGUAAUUGUAAUUAUAAGUUACGGUGUUAAAUAUAAUUUGAACAUUCUAUGUGAAAUCGUAACAUAAGUUAUUGUUAUUGUAACCAUGAGUUAUGGUUACAAUUAUGCAUUUUCAAUGAAUAUUCGAACUAUAUUCUAAAAAUUUUUUUUAAGAAACACGUAUGACAAUUUUUAGAGCAAUUUCUUUUAUUCGAAUAAAUCAAAUGCAAUCAAAAUUUAGGAAACAAUGUGUGACAAUUUUUAGAAUAUUUUUUUUUUAUUCGAAUUAAUCAAAUGUAAUCAAAAUUUUGAAAGAGUUAAAAUAUUCGAGAAGGAAUGCUUUUUAUGCCUGAGAAAAAUAGACAUUUGAAAAAAUUUAUAUUUGCAUUUUUUUACAUUCUUCUGAAAAACGUUUUACACAGAAUUUUUCAAUUCUGUGACAAAAAAAAAGAAAAAAAAAAGAAA